AUGUCGUCCAACGUGGAAUACCGAUCGGAGGAAAAGUUGACGGAGAGGGUCGAGAUCGAGAUCGACGAGGCGGAGGAGGAGGAGGAGGAGGAGGAGGAGGAAGAUCAGAACAAGGGGCGAAAGUUGUGCAAAACUUUGGACGCUCUGUUGGCGGACGUCGAUAGCAACGAUAACCUGUACGUCGCGGUCCGUCAGUGCCUGCACAAGGUUAAUCGAGUUUCGAGAAGUUCGUUGCCCCAACUGGAAAGUCCUCGAUCGCGGGCGAGCACAGGCGGCGUGUCGGAGGAGUCCUCGAUGGGCAGAUUUCAAACGAUCAAAGCGUUCUUCGAUCUGAACACGGCCAAGCAGAAGAGGACCACCACGUUCGGCACCAGGCAAACCACCAUAGACAAAGUGACCGACAUCCUGGGCCUCCGAACCUUGUUCUCCAACGAGCCCAAAGCAGAAUCCACGAAGAACGGUUUCGACGUCAACGACAAUGCGAUAUCGAAGUAAUGAAAUACCGGUGGAGGCGAAACCUAUUUACGAUCGCGUAUCAGGCGACCAAGAGAAGGCGGAUCAAGAGGAAAAGGGAACCAGAAGCGUGCACCAACGCGAUAUUACGUUCCAAUCUGCAUUAGUAUCGCCAUAGUUACGUUUACGGAUAUUUCGCGUCGCGAAGGAAUGCAAAAUGCUCGAUUUUGAGCCAACAGAAAAAGUCGAGAGCCGAUCCGUUAAAUCCAGCGUUAAUAUAUUUUCCUUUUUCUUUUUUAAUGUACCGUUUGCAUGGAAUUACGUUUCUUCUAUUCGUGUAUAAAUUUACGGUUCACUCGGCGGUUUUUAAUUGUGAAUUAUUCGGUGCUUUUGUUGCUAUCGUUGGCACCAUACGUUGGUACUUGGCCGUGCAUUAUUGCGUGAGAGAGUUUUUCGUAUUAAAAAGAAUGUGUCGGUGGAAGAAGGAAUGUUGUACGAGGGUGGGCUCACUUUUUAUAACGGAACGGUUGGAGUAAUAAAGCCCAGAACUCUUUGGCACGAAUCGUCGUAUCGUACAAAAGGCAAAACAAUGUUCACCGAGCGUCGAGCUACUUUGAAACUCUUUAUAGAAACUGUUGAUUCGAUAAAGAAAUUCGACUCUCGCGAGAAGUUUUAUA